CUCCCUUCUCCCAUUCUCUGCUCUCUCUCUCUCUCUCUCUCUCUCUCUCUGCGUUUCCCCCAACUCCAACAGAGGAAUUCCCCAAGAAAAAGACGUGAAGCCGAGCAGGUGGUUGGGAAUUAAUGGCGUUACGCCUAUUAUCGCCAACGUCUUCCAUCACAACAACCAACCCCCUCAACGCCAUCCCGAAACUCGCCCCUCGCUCCUCAUCUCCAUCGCGUCACAAUCACAAAUACCGAACUCCACGAAAUGGAAGAGGAUUCAUCAACUGCAAGGCCGUCAGCGACACCUCCCAGACUUACAGAGGCGUUUACGGUCCCUGGAGAGUCGAAGACUCCGACGUCCGAGAGGUCGUGUUGUACAGGGCGGGACUAGUGACGGCAGCUACGUCGUUCGUGGCUGCUGCAUCGACGGCGUUUCUGCCGGGCGAUUCUUCUCCGUUGAGCUCAGCAAUCGAACAAAACCUCGAUGUUCUUUACGGCGUGGGAGCUGGUGGGCUGGGAGUGUCGUUGCUUCUGAUUCACAUCUAUGUGACUCCAAUUAAACGCACCCUUCAGGCCUUCUGGGCGCUCGGGGUAAUCGGCUCCAUUGCAGCGUACACAAGCCUAGCUCGCCCAGCUGGUCUGGACUUGGUGCACUAUGUUGUUGAUAACCCUGCUGCUGUCUGGCUAGUUGGUCCACUCUUUGCUGCUUUGACUGGCCUUGUGUUCAAGGAAGGUCUUUGUUAUGGGAAGCUGGAAGCUGGCAUUCUCACGUUUAUCAUACCCAUACUGCUACUUGGACAUCUGAGUGGUGUAAUGGAUGAUGGGGUGAAACAAGCUCUACUUGGUUCUUGGAUGGCCCUCUUCCUCAUAUUUGCUGGCAGGAAGUUCACUCAACCCAUUAAGGACGACAUUGGCGAUAAAUCAGUGUUCAUGUUCAAUGCCCUGUCAGAAGAAGAGCAGAAAUCCUUGAUCCAGAAACUUGAACAGCAGCAGCAGUAGAUAGAGAGUGGAAGGGAUGAUGUCCAGUUUUGGUAAGCCAGCGAGUCGUUAUAAGUUAUAACGAACUGAUACAUGUGAACGCGAUGUAUAGGCUGUAGCACUAGCCAUGGGGAAAAGGCUUCUGAAUGUAUGUAUGUAUGUAAUGUAAAUGUGGAGUAUACCGCCUCUGCCGAUAGCUAGUAAUGAUUUUGCUGUGUGUAUAUAUUGCCGGUGCAUGUGUUGCUGUUAGUUGGUGUCUGCAUUCUGGUCGAGAAAAACCGAAAAGAAAGUUGUGGUAAGCUUCCAGCCCUAGAAUUCUACUGAUAACAGUGAUCAGCAGAUCUCGGAGCAAUGUGGCAAUGGCGG